AGAGGGCGCUGUUUCAUUCUUUGUUGGUCCGUCAAUCGUCUUUGAGCGGCACAUGUAGAUAUCUAUGAUAGCGAUGAGAUGGAACGGAAAUGAACGUGGGGCCUCGUGUGUGUUGCUGUUGGGUAGCGACGGAGGCGCGGAUAUUGAACUGGGGCUGGACCGGCUAUCGUCCAGCGUCUGUUAGUCUCGUGUCCGUGUCCUCUUAAGGCCGAUGUGAAUAAAGCAUAGCUACACAGAGGAAAGAGGUACGUAAUUUUUGGAUAAAAGAGUGCGGGGAGAGAGAAGAAAAGGGACAAGAGAGCCACAGCGGACAACAAGCUGCUUGUGUUUACUUUUUUGUUUUUGAACCAGAGUCCGUGAAGAGGAAAACUGGAAGCUGCCAUAUUUUUCGGCACCUAGGUGUACAAAAUGGAAAUUGACCAGGAGCCACAAGAGAAGGGACAUAAUGGUGAAGACAAGUGGUCUGAAGACAAAACUGAAAAUGAAGAGGAAGAGGAGGAUGACUUCAUAGGGCAAAGGGAACCUUCUUUUUUUGAAAAAAGGAUUGUGAAGAUUAAGGAAGAAGACAGUGAAUGGGAAUCUGUUUACCAUCACAAAGAGCGAGAGGGUCAUAAAUGGAAGGCAGUACACAUUAAAGAAGAUCCGGAUCAAAAGUAUAAUGGAACUGACAGGCUGACAAAUGAAAGUGUCAAGGAAGAAACCUUUAAACCGGAGUCUGCCUUUCAUUAUAUGCAUCCAAAUGAGGAUGUAACCGGAUUGGGCUCCACUGUGAGCAGACCCUGCAUGUUACAGGAUCAUUCUGUCCACGUGAAGUCAGAGUCAUUAGAAUCAAAUACAAAGAGCGAUGAGAAAGCAUCAUGUUUGAGUCAUUCUGAAGAAGAUUUGCAACAAAGGAGCAGCUUGUCCAUAUCCUCAUUUCCUCAGGCUUCUCGUCAGUGCAAAUCCCAACAGACUGUACUUGACAAAUCUGUGAAGAAAUUGCUCUCCGGAUUUAGGUGUUUUAUACCAGCAUCUUUGAAGUAUAUUUUGCUGCCUAGUGUGAAACUAACAAGGAUAGAUGCUGUCAACAAUCAACUACAGUUGCACAAAAGAAAUGAAUUUAUCAACCAGGAGAGUGUGAAUUUCUUUAAAAGCAAAUUGUCAGUGGAGAAUGACCAUCAGUGGAGCCCUAAAAGACUUAAGCCAUUCAUCUGCUCUGAAUGUGGUAAAAGAUUUAUCAACAGCAGCCAUCUUCUGAGCCACACUCGAAUUCACACAGGAGAGAAGCCAUAUUUCUGCCUUGAGUGUGGCAAACAAUUCUCAGAUAAAAGCAAUUUUCAUAGACACGCCAGAAUUCACACCGGAGAGAAGCCGUAUUGCUGUUCUGAAUGUGGAAGAAGAUUCUCACAAAAUAGCCAUCUUCAGCUGCACACAAGAAUUCACACUGGAGAGAAACCAUACUGCUGUCUUGAGUGUGGCAAACAGUUCUACAACAGCAGUCAUCUUCAAAGCCACACAAGAAUUCACACCGGAGAGAAGCCCUAUUGUUGUCUUGAAUGUGGCAAACAGUUCUCCUGCAAGAAGACUGUUCAGAGCCAUGCACGAAUUCAUACUGGAAGGAAACCCUAUUGGUGUUCUCAGUGUGGCAAACAAUUUUCAAAGAGGAGCUAUCUUCAGAGCCACACAAGAUGUCACACAGGAGAGAAACCGUUUUGCUGUUCCGAAUGUGGCAAAUGCUUCUCUCACAGGUGCAGUCUUCAGAGUCACAUAAGAAGUCACACAGGAGAGAAGCCAUUUUGCUGUUCUGAAUGUGGAAAACGCUUUUCCAGUAGAAGUAGUCUUCAGGUACAUUCAAAAAUUCAUGCCAAAGAGAAACUGCAUUGUUGUUCGGAUUGUGGUAAACAGUUCUUAUACAAGGACAGCCUUCAGUUACACACAAGAAGUCACACUCUACCAUCGAGAAACUACUCUGAUUCCACACAGCAUAUGUAAGAGAAAGAAAAAUAAACAAUACAACAAAAUUGUAUAACUAAUAAGUGGGGUUCACUCCAGUCAUGACUAUGCACAAAACAGAUGCUUAUGGAGAAAUUCAAGACUGCACUUGGACUUGGUUCCACAGGAUUAAUUAAAUGAAAAUUCCAGAUUUAGCUAGAUGAUAUGCCAAUUAACAUUGCAUUCUAGAAGUUAUAAAAAUAGAUAUUAUUUGGAUCAAUGCAAGUAGAACUUUUCUAGAUGUAUUUUUGAGCCUGGGGAAAUGUGGCCUUUUACAGAAGCUCCUCUACAUAACUAAAUAUAGAUGCACACUGUGGUUUAAACACACAUCGGAAUGAAUAAACAGGAAAGAAGAUUAAAAAGAAUGAAAACAUGUCAUAGUGAGGCAUUAUGCUGGCAUUGUACUGUUGCAUAUACAGGAGCCCCCAACGUGUUUCUUCACACACUUCCGCUAAAUAAUUUGUUGGCUGAAAGUCCUAAGUGUUAGUGUGUAAGAGAGAGGAUGUGCAACAUUGUUCAUAAUGACACUCGUGUUUAUAUUCAUUAUGUCUUUUUUGCUACAACCUCCAUGGGGUCCAGAGGACGCCCUGUAAUUGAGUCUGCCCUUUUAAUCAGUGUGUUACUUUUGUGGGCCACUUUUGAAGUGAUGUUAUCAGCUUAGCAAACCACAACAUAGAAAACUGCACUGGCCAUCACAGAGUUAUAGAUGAUGUGAAGGAUGUCACUAUCAACAUUAAAAGAAUGCAGUCUGCCCUUAUAUGGUUUCUCUGUGUUAUGACACCAGUCCAACCUUUCAUUAAUAUGGAUCCACUAUACAUCCACUCCUUGAAUAGUGACCAGACAUAGAGGUUGUUUGGUGUGGGAAAAGUCGUCAACCAGUUCCUUGUUUUUGCUGAUGCUAAGAUGCAAUCAAUUCUCUUUGUACUAAAAAGCAAAACUCUCUACCUGACUCCUAUACUCGGUCUCAUCCCCCUUAUCACUACAUGUGACAUCAUAUUUAUAGUCCGAGGUGUACAGAGAGAAGGACAUGUGGCUGUUCCUUGUGGUGGUCCAGUGUUACUGCAGGUACUACACCAAAGCAUCGCUGCACGUUCAAGGGUGAAAAAGAAAACCAUAACUGUACUACAACAUAUCAUGACUUAUAAGCAAAACUCCUUGCUGUCAUCAUGGGGCCCAAAACAAAUCCCAGUCGUUCCUUUUGUGUUUUUAUGUGUGUAUCUCAAUUGUUUUGAAUGAUCUAACUCUAUUUUUCAAUGUACUUUAUAUAGUUGUUUAAAUUUUUCCACUGUUUUGGCCGCCAUUUUGUUUUCUUGACAGUUAUUGUCAGUUUGGAUACCUGUCAUUAAAAUGAUGUUCAAUAUUUCCAGGGGGCAUGUCCUUGGAGAUCGUAAUCCAAAGGUAAAUGAUGUGAUGGGAUAAGAGGAUGGCUGAAAGCUCAUUUCCUCAUCCAAGUUGUGGAUUCAAAACCCUUUUCCCCAAUGUCCUUUUGAUGAUAACCUACUUUGGUUUUGUGCUAAUGAAUUUUUAACCACAAAUCUUGUCUCUCAUUUUGGUUGUUCAAUUGUACUUUUUCACCUCCUGGUUUUAACCUUUUUUUCCUUUUAUAUGUCUGUCUCCUGACUUGCUCACAAAUCUUGAUUAGUUUGCUGAUAGAUCACCAUUGGCUCAGUCAAAAGGAAAAGGAACUCCCAGUCUCUUCUAGAUUUUCCUGCCAAAUAUCACCUCCCUUGAGCUGCAAAUAGAAAUGUUACUGGGGUCAAUGCAGGAACUACACCAAAACUGCAGAAGAAAUUGAAUGAAGUGAAGUUAGUAGCAAAUUUAGCUUUAGGCAUCCUCAGAAACAACAGAGUGAGGUGAGUGACUGAGUGAGUGAGAGUGCUGUACAAGAAAAGCAGUGGCACAGGUGAAGCAGCCAUAUGUAUGUGUUACUGUCCGAAGGAAGGUUCCUUUAGUGGAGAGGUAGAAAUUAGGGAUGAUACAAUCAGGUUUUUUAAAGCUGAUUAUACAGGUUCUGAUUUUUUUUUCUCUUCUUUCUCUAUCCCGUUAAAAAAUGUUUACACUAACCUCAUGCUUAAACAGACAAGUAGAAGUUUUAUGUCUUUUGUUAAAGUGUAUUUUUUAAUUAAACUGUGUGGUUUUGUUUA